CAUCAGGCCACACAAAGCUUCGUCCGAGAUGUACAGCAUACCGCGUAAUGACGCCUUAUGGAAUCCACGGACACCGACGGCAAAUGUGGCGUGGAGACACCAGCUCUCGGUAAGAUGCAAAUGGCUGCCCUCCACAUUCCGCGUGACCGCGGCCUGACAUCCAGAGCGAUGGAAGAGCGGGACUAAAGUAAUAUGUGAAUGCUCGUCUGAGCUACAAUCUUUUCGAAGCUUCGCUGCUGUCACAUUUCCUCCUAUCCGUCGCAUCAUCCACCAGCGUCAGAAUGGAUUUCACACAGAACCAGGCAAACGGCGUCAACAGUACAUCACACUACGAGACCAGACCGCUCAACAUCACGAUAGUGGGUGCUGGUAUUGGCGGUCUCUCUGCUGCCAUUCUUUUGCGCCAACAGGGACACACUGUCACUCUGCUCGAGCAAUCACGCUUUGCCAACGAACUUGGUGCAGCCGUGCAUCUCGCCCCAAAUGCUAACGGACUUCUUCGUCGCAUGGGACUCUCCCCCGAAAAGCUUGGUGCAGUGUCUUGCAAGAAGCUGAGUCAGUGGUUGCCUAAUGGCAAAGAGCUAUUCAGCAUACCUCUCGAGCGCGAAGCCCACCGCUGGCAACAUCCCUGGCAACUUGCCCAUCGUGUCAGCUUGCACUCUGAGCUAAAGAGGUUGGCAACCACAGAAGACGGCCCAGGAAAGCCCGCAAUCCUGAAGACACGAUCAAGAGUUGUGGACGUCAAUCCCGCAGAGGGUAGCGUUACGCUUGAUAGUGGCGAGGUGGUGCAUGGCGAUAUCGUUGUUGGUGCUGAUGGUGUACACUCAAAGACAAGACCAAAGAUUCCCGGUGCUGAGAACAUCAAAACCUUCGGUUGUGGAAAGAGCGCUUUCCGCUUCCUCAUCCCCAGAGAACGCGCCUUGGCCGAUCCGGAGACCAAGAGAUUCGCCGAGCAUGAGGGCCAUCUCAUCAUGAUCUUCGGUAGCGACCGCCGUGUGGUGGUGUACCCGACGAACGAUAACACACUGCUGAACUUCGUCAACAUCCAUCCUACAUCUGAGUCUCAGACCAACCCCGAAGAGUCGGGAAGCAGUGACUGGCAGAAUCAGGGAAACAUCGACAAGAUGCUCGAGAUAUACAAGGACUUCGAGCCAGCUGUGCUCAAGCUACUUGGUAUGGCGGAUGAAGAAACAUUGAAGGUGUGGGAGUUGCUCGACAUGGAGCAAUUACCUACAUGGACUCACGAGAAGUUGGUCCUCAUCGGUGAUGCGGCUCACCCCUUCACACCUCACCAAGGUCAAGGUGCGGGCCAAGCCAUCGAAGAUGCUGCGUCACUUGCAGUCAUGCUGCAAAAAGGCACACCCCUUAGUGUCAUCACCGAUCGUCUGAAGCUCUACCAGAAGUGCCGCUUCGAGCGUGCUUCGUACAUCCAAGAGAUAUCUCGCAUCGCCGGCAUGGACUUGGGCUCAGGUCCACCACUCGACUCGUCCCGCUUCACCGCCUAUAACUUCGGCCACGACGAAUGGGACUACUCCAGUCAAAUGCUGCGAAAGCAUGAGUGGGAGAACAACAAGGGCCUGUUCUGGAGGAUGCCAACUUCUUUCGGGCCCAUGCCCGGACCACGACAAGACUUCCACGGCCGCUCGCGCGAUGGAAGCAAAGCCACUUUCAAGACGACCAGUGUCAAGUUUAAGUCGAGCAGAACGGUGUUGCAAAACCUCUUCCCUACCGAGAAGCUCAAGUUCGCAUCUACAGAUACAGUCGUCUACGCCACUUUCACAGCAACACAGCUCGACAAUCUUGAAUGGCUAGGUGGCCGAGGCUACUCGCACUUCGGCCUGUACGUGCACGGCGUGCAAUACACCAAGGGCAAUGGAGAGACAGUUACAGGUACAUACCUCCCUGUGCUCUUUGAGAACCUUGCAGACCCUAUCCUGAGCGGUAGAGAAGAGCUCGGUUUCCCAAAACUGUUCGCCGAUCUCGAUAUACAGCUAGAUGGUAACACAUGGUCACUGAAAGCUAGCUGGAUGGGCUCCAAGUUCGCUACCGUGACACUCUCGGACCCAACGGAGCCUCUUACGAACGAUGACGCCGCGCCCCAGCAAGGACAAGCGCCAGUGCCAGCUGACGAGGGACUCUUCUUCCAUAAGCACAUCCCCGCCACCGGCAGCAUUGGCAGCAAAGAGCGAGGGCAGGCUGAUGUCGAGUACACCGCGUUCCUGCCCAACGAAGCGGAUGCAAAGACUGUUGAAAGAAAGGUCUCGAAGACACUUAAGGCGAAGAACGCGCAGAUACAGUUCGAUGCGCUCGACUGGAAGGCACUGCCCACGCUGCAUCACGCUGUUGCGAGGUUGCAAGAGGUGCCGGUAUAUGAGGUUGUGGAGGCCAAAAUUGUGGAGGGUACUGGGGUGAGCGAUGUCAGCUCAGUGAGGAGGGCAGAAUGA